UUGAGGCCUAAAGAGAAUAAGGUAGUACGCCGUUUGUUCGUGAACAACGCAACUAGCUGCGAUGCUGUAGAAAAUCUUGCGAAAGACUAUAGACGUUCUGAUGCUGACAGAACAGCAUUCUUAGUUGGAUCCGUUGAGCCUUCUUGCUUACCUGCUCGACCUCCAAAGACUAGCAUGGACCAAGAGGACGAUUCUUGGGAAAAUCUUGAUGAUACGAAACUCGAAGAAUAUUUUUGGUUCAAGUGGGACUACUUCCAUAUCGUGUUAUCUUCUUUUUUUGCAGUUUUGCCCCAUGUUCUCGAAGCAUAUGACGUGCCGGAAUACGUGCUUGCUGACGACGUCGCUAACGCACUAGCAACUACAGAUUUUGGUAGUGCGACGGUAAAGUGGCUGGAACGUAAAAUGGUGUUCGUUGUGUUUGAGAGUGAGCGCCAAGCGCGUGAUGCUUUGGUAUUCCACAAACACCAGUGGUUGCGAUUACGACCGCUGUCAAAAUCUCCAGUACGUGUUCAAGAAAAAGCCCUAACCAACGAGGUGGGCGAUUUACACCUUCGACUGCACGUUGACAUUUUCUGUGUUUUUCAUUUCAUGUUCGACUGUAUGUUUAUCAGAUCGUGUCGUCCUAAGACCAAUGUUGGUAUCGCUCGCCGAAUGGUGGAAAGUACCUUAGGAAUGCGUUCCUCGGUUAGCAUGGAGCGGCGGGAGGUCGAAAACAAGCAGUUAGCUAAUGCCAAAGGUAUGCAAACAAGCUUCCACAUAUGUUUUUGUUCUUGA